UUAUGUUCAUUCUCUUGAACCAAACGCAUAAAGCGGCGGCCUUCGAAUCCUUCUCUCUUUCUAUAUCUCUAUAUAUAAAUACUCAUCCGUUGGAUCGACCGGAGGGAAUUGUCGCCGGCGAAUUCUGCGCAGGCGUAAUGGAGGAUGAGGCGGAGAUAUACGAUGGGGUCAGAGCGCAGUUCCCUUUGACAUUCGGUAAGCAAUCCAAGUCUCAAACCCCUCUCGAAGUUAUUCACAAGGCAACUCGUCGGAGUGAGGCUGCUGCCGGGAGCUCUAGUGGAGGUUCUGAAAAUCGUUUCACAUCGAGCUCUGGGGAGAGUACCAAUGCGCUUCCUUCUCUAUCUGGCUCCUCUAAGGAGUGGCUUGAAUCUUUCAAAAACGCUAACCCUAGAAAUUCGAAUAAGGGUUCGAAAGAGGGUAAAUUGAUUGGACCUUCGAGGCCGCCUCCCGGAAGUGAAGUAGCGGAUGAAGAGGAUGAGAAAAUGCUUGGGCCGCCGAGGCCAGCUGCCGGCGGCGAUCCUGAGGAUGCUGAUCCCAUGGUUGGACCGCCUAGACCUCCUCCUGGCGAAGCUGAUGAUGAACCAAUGAUUGGACCGCCUAGACCUCCUCCUCUCGGCGAUAUUGACGACGAACCGAUGAUUGGACCGCCUCGACCAGCUCCAGGCCAGGUAGAAACUGAUUCUGAGGAAGAUAUGGAUGACGAAGGCGAGGGUUCUGGAUAUCGAAUUCCGUUGAGUAACGAGAUUGUCUUGAAGGGGCAUACCAAGGUGGUCUCAGCUCUUGCUGUGGAUCAAACAGGUUCUCGUGUGCUGUCCGGAAGCUAUGACUAUACAGUUCGAAUGUAUGAUUUCCAAGGGAUGAAUGCUCGUCUUCAAUCCUUUAGACAGCUUGAACCGUUUGAAGGUCAUCAAAUUCGUGGCUUGAGUUGGAGUCCUACUGCAGAUCGGUUUCUAUGUGUAACUGGCUCGGCUCAGGCUAAGAUUUACGAUCGUGAUGGACUUACACUGGGUGAGUUUGUCAAGGGGGAUAUGUAUAUUAGAGACCUUAAGAAUACUAAAGGCCACAUAUCUGGAUUAACUUGCGGAGAAUGGCACCCUAAGGCUAAAGAGACAAUCUUAACGUCGUCUGAGGAUGGUUCGCUGCGAAUAUGGGAUGUAAAUGAUUUCAAGAGUCAAAAGCAGGUUAUUAAACCCAAACUUUCAAGACCGGGACGAGUACCUGUCACCACUUGUGCCUGGGAUCGUGAAGGAAAACGGUUUGCAGGUGGUAUAGGUGAUGGCUCUAUACAGUUAUGGAACACAAAAGCUGGAUGGGGAAGCAGACCAGACACAUAUAUUGGAAACGGUCACACGGAUGACAUUACAGGACUAAAGUUUUCGAGUGAUGGACUAAUAUUGGUGUCGAGGAGCUUCGAUGGUUCGCUCAAGGUCUGGGAUUUACGUCAAGCAAAGAAGCCUCUUUGUGCAUUCAACAAUCUUCCAAAUAAUUAUGCACAGACAAAUAUCGCAUUCAGCCCCGAUGAACAACUUAUCUUAACUGGAACAUCGGUUGAGAAAGAAAGCACAACAGGAGGUCUGCUUUGUUUUUAUGACAGGGCCAAAUUAGAACUUGUCUCGAGAGUUGGAAUAUCUCCCACAUUUAGCGUCGUCCAGUGCGCUUGGCAACCAAGACUAAAUCAGAUAUUCGCAACUGUCGGGGACAGACAUGAAGGCGGGACACACAUACUCUACGAUCCAACAAUCAGCGAGAGAGGAGCCCUUGUAUGUGUUGCCCGUGCACCAAGGAAGAAGUCAAUCGAUGAUUUUGAGGCACAGCCCGUUAUCCACAACCCGCACGCACUGCCUCUAUUUAGAGAUCUACCCAGCCGGAAACGACAGCGCGAGAAGAUACUCAAGGAUCCGCUCAAGUCUCACAAACCCGAGCUGCCCAUAUCAGGGCCAGGCCACGGUGGAAGAGUCGGCACCACCAAGGGUAGCUUGCUGACACAAUACCUCCUUAAGCAAGGUGGCUUGAUCAAGGAAACGUGGAUGGACGAAGAUCCCCGGGAGGCAAUUCUCAAGCAUGCGGAUGCUGCCGCGAAAGAUCCUAAAUUCAUCGCCCCCGCAUAUGCAUCAACACAACCCGAACCGGUCUUUGCCAAGUCCGACUCAGAGGACGACGAAAAAUAAGAGGUAACCGGGGAUUGUGAGUAUUAUUUCUCAUCCACACUUCACCUUGCAUGACAUUACAUCUCUUUUUGCUUAAGGACGUAGGAACUAUGAAUAGGAAGAGGCAAGAAAUGCACAGGACAUUAGUUUUACACAUCAUUUUCUUCUUGUUAAUUUUGUAUGCAUUGCUUAUCUCUUGAUGUUUUCACUUGGUUUAUAUAAUAUUCCCCAUUCCCCUUACUUUUGUUAGUUU